AGAUAAAACACUAUUUUUUAGUAGAUUGCUCUACGGAUGCUUAUGGAAUGAAUUGUAGUACGAAAUGCAGCAAAGGUUGUAUAGACAGAAAAUGUGACAUGAACUGCACCAAUGGAUGCACAUUUUCAAAUGAAGGACCAAGGUGUGACAAGAACAAUUUAGAACCACAAACCGCUGACUCACACUUUAAAGUAGUUAUAGGAUCACUUGGAGCUGGUGUUUUUCUCUUAAUUUUAUUUGGUGUCAUUUUGUAUAUAUUAAGGCAGAGACGAAAUAAAAGUAAAAAGGCUGAUGAAAGGGAUGAGACAAGGGGAUUUUCAGCCAUGGAUGAAAUAUUGAUCAAAAGUAAAGAAAAGCCAGAUGUUAAGGCCGGAAUCCAAAAUGACGUUUCAAAAUCAAAUACGAAAGAAAAGAGUAAAAGAUUGAUAUCAAAAGAUUCUCAAAACUUGAAUGGUUUGACAAAAUAUCUUUCUGAAAUCAACAAUUCAAAAAUGGAAGAAGAAUAUAAGGCAAUUCCAAAAGGAGAGUUACACUCAUGCAUUGAAGGAAAAAGACAAGAAAAUAAAUCCAAAAACAGAUAUACUACAAUCUUUCCAUAUGAUCACUCUCGGGUUGUUCUCCGUACCUCUACAACUGAGUCGGACUACAUUAAUGCCAACUACAUCGAGGAUGUAUUUGGAAAGAAAAAGUACAUCGCAACACAAGGACCAAAGGAUAGAACAAUCACUGAUUUCUGGAGAAUGGUUUGGCAAGAAAACGCACGAAUCAUCGUUUGUCUCACAAAUACUAGUGAAGCCAAGACUAAAAAAUGUGCCAAGUAUUGGCCGGACCUAAACGAUAAACACAUGGAAGGGGACAUCAGCGUACGCUGCCAGAAAGAACAAACCUAUGCAGAAAAUGUCGUCAGACAUCUUAGAAUAAAAAACAAUUCAGAUAAUACAGAGCGCGAGGUGUUCAUGUUUCACUACACACAGUGGCCAGAUCACGGGGUCCCAGAACCACUCAGUCUAGUGGUGUUCCAUCGUCACGUGAUGAAAACUGUAGAAGAUCAUCCAAUGAGAUACAUUGUGGUACACUGCAGUGCAGGUAUAGGUAGGACGGGAACCUUUAUAGCAUUAGAUGCCCUGUAUAAGGAAGGGGAGAGAACUGGAAAAGUGAACGUUCCAGUAUAUGUAGAGAAGAUGAGGAAUGCUAGGAUGAACAUGAUACAAGGAGAAGAUCAAUACAAGACUGUGUAUAUGGCGUUACUUGAGGCUUUCAGAGGCAGACUCCGUGCUGUACCUGUGGAUUUCUUUCUCAAGGAAUUUCAGGAUCACUCUUGUUAUCUGAACCAUGGAGACUUCUCCAAAAUAUCACCAUUUGCUUUAGAGUUUGAGGAACUGUUGUCGUUUAGAAAAGUGUAUACACAUGAGGAUUAUAAAUCUGGAAUGUCGAACAUAGCAGCAAACUAUGUUCCAAGUGUCUUACCAGUUGAGAGAUACCUAUGUCCAUUAACAACAGAAAAUCUAUAUUACAACGCAGUCUGUUUACAGUCGUUUACCCGAUGUGACCGAUUCAUCAGCGCCCAGUUCCCUCUACCGGAUUACACAGAACACUUCCUGACUCUUGUGAAGACUUACUAUACAUGUACCAUCGUAUCGCUGUAUCCUCUAGGGGAAGUGAAAUCGACUUCUUUUUGGCUACCAACAAAGAAUCAACAAAAAACUGUUGGACCUUUUACCAUCAAAUUGGCUGAGAGUACACAGGCAAAAUAUGUGACCAAGACUAACAUUACGCUACAGCAAAAGGGAGGAAGCAGCAUGCGAGUUGCUGUACUGGAGUGUAAAGGAUGGGAAGAUGAGUAUGACAGCAAGAGUAGAAGAAUACUGAUCGACCUUGUUCAAGAAGCCAAAAUAGAGGAAAGGACCCAUCCUACUGGGAGAAUACUUGUCCUCUCCAGUGAUGGUGCCAAACGGUGUGGUCCAUUUUGUGCGGUAUUUAAUGCCCUGGAACAAAUGAUGUUGGAUGAAGGAGUGGAUUUAUUUACCAUUACACGGCAGCUUCAGACACGGCGACCGGAGUUCUUGUCCAGUCUGGAGGAGUACCAGUUUUGUUUCGACACGAUUUCAGACUACCUACAGAAUGACACUUUGUAUGCAAACGUUUAGACUUUUUGGAAAAUAUUUCGGAGUAUUGUUCAACAAAACAAUUUUAUUUAGUGUUCAGAAUCUAGUACAUGUAUACAACAUUCUGGAACAGUCUGUGAUGAACAAUAGUUUUCCUUCUAUUUUAUACAACAAUAGAUUUUUUACAUUCAAUUGAAAAUUGUGUUGUGUUUUCUAUAGAAUUGUGUUCUAUUCAUUUUUGUAAAAAAAAAAAAAAUAUCUGAUCAUUGAAUUAAUUUAGAUGAACUUAGCAUUUAUGUUUAACUUUUAGACUUUGAAUAACUUGAAUCAAUGAAAAUACUUGCUAACUGUCUUAUGCUGUAAAGUUCACAUUUUAGAAAGUGUCAUCUUAGUUACACAUCAUUCUUUUAUUCAUAUCUUAAUUGUUGGUUGUUAAAAAAUGUUUACUUGUUGCAGUUUUUUAUGUGCUUAUUUGUUAGGAUUUUUUUUCAUUGUUGAAUUUAGUGAAUUUUGUUAGAAUAUCGUCCGUUGUUUUCCACGUAAUUUCAUGUCAAGCAGAACAUAAAUCCCUACAUUUUGCAUAGGUACUGACAUAGUUUAUGUUUGUUAAUGAUUUAUUGAUUUUUAUCAAUUUGAUUAAACCCGAAUCUCCUACCCGCUUCUACAAAUUUAUUUAUAAAAUUAUUUUUGUAUAUUUUAAGGGGGCUGGGGGUGGCUGCCAUUUUAGACAAUAUUGAUCUCCUUUAAAAGAAGAGCUCCAUAUAAAGAUGAUGGAAAAUGUUUAAAUUUUAUAAAAAAAAAUAUAUGAAAUUUUUCUUUAUCAAAUAGUAGUUGAUAGCUUCAGAAAUCGCAUAUAAAAUUUUCAAAUAAAUCUGAUGGUUUUAUAUUAUAUUAUAUUUCGACCCCCAGCCUUCUUAAUAUUUGCUUUGUUUUGAGAUUUAAAAUCUACAGUGUUUUAAAAUAAUUUGUUUGAAAUUUGUAAAAUUUGCAUCAAAUGCUGUUGAAUAGUUUAUACAAUAAAAUAAAUUAGAGCUACAUGUAAUAAGAUACUGGUUUUCAUGAUA